AUGGCAGACUCAGAUUCAACAAAUCAGUCUUCAUAUUCAAACGGAAAUUUUACAAUGGAAUCAAAUUAUGAUGAAGUUGUAGAUUCGUUCGAUGCUCUCAAGUUAAACGAAGACUUAUUGAGAGGAAUUUAUUCCUAUGGCUUUGAAAGACCCUCAGCAAUCCAACAACGUGGCAUUAAACCCAUAAUCGAAAAUUACGAUACUAUCGGUCAGGCCCAAUCUGGUACAGGAAAAACCGCAACUUUCAGUAUAGCAGCUCUCCAGAUCAUUAAUUACGAUGUCAUGUCAUGUCAAAUUUUAAUAUUGGCCCCAACAAGAGAACUCGCACAACAAAUUCAAAAGGUCGUUUUGGCGUUGGGAGACUACCUAAAGGUACAGUGCCACGCUUGCGUAGGUGGAACUGUGGUCCGUGACGAUGUCCACAAGCUCAAAGCAGGUGUACACAUGGUCGUUGGAACACCAGGAAGAGUCUACGACAUGAUAGAGAAAAAGGCACUGUUGACAGACAAGAUGAAGCUAUUUAUCCUAGACGAAGCAGACGAAAUGUUAUCACGCGGUUUUAAAGGCCAGAUCCAAGAUGUGUUCAAGAGACUUCCACCGGAUAUCCAAGUCGCACUUUUCAGUGCAACAAUGCCCAACGAAAUUUUAGAAUUGACAACAAAGUUCAUGAGGUCACCCAAAAGAAUACUUGUCAAAAAGGACGAGUUAACUCUUGAGGGUAUCAAACAGUUCUACAUCCUGAUCGAUAAGGAGUACAAGUUCGAAACAUUAUGCGACCUCUAUGAAUCAGUUACCAUCACCCAAGCAAUUAUCUACUGCAAUACCAGGAGGAAAGUCGACUACCUAACGCUGAAAAUGCAAGAAAAAGAUUUCACAGUUUCAAGUAUGCAUGGAGAUAUGGGCCAAAAGGAAAGAGACCUCAUUAUGCGCGAAUUCAGAUCAGGAUCAACCCGUGUACUCAUUACAACCGAUCUCCUUGCAAGAGGUAUUGACGUUCAACAAGUUUCACUCGUUAUCAACUACGAUUUACCAAUGUCACCAGAUAACUACAUUCACAGAAUUGGCCGUUCUGGAAGGUUUGGAAGGAAGGGCGUAGCAAUUAACUUUGUUACACACCAGGAUAUGGAAACAAUGAAAAGUAUUGAAAAUUAUUACAAUACACAGAUUGAAGAAAUGCCUGCAGAUAUUGCCGAAUAUAUGUAG